AUGGUGGACAAAGGGUUUAAUAUUGAAAAGGAAAUCGAAGCUAUUGGUCUUCGACUAAACAUUCCACCUUUUGCGUCAUGUGCAACACAGAUGAAAGCUUCAGAGCGCCAAAGAUGCAAAAUAGGUGGAGACAAAGACUCUAAGCAAGGAUCCACCAACAAAGAUUCACACUCUACACGAGGAGCCACCACCAAAGAUUUAGACUCUCCAAGAGGAUCCACCACCAAAGGUUCACAUUCAGGCUCUCCGCGAGGAGUCACCACCAAAGAUUCAGACUCUAUGGGAGGAUCCACCACCAAAGAUUCACAUUCACACUCUACGCGAGGAUCCACCACCAAAGAUCCACACUCAGACUCUACACAAGGAGCCACCACCAAAGAUUCACACUCAGACUCUACACAAGGAGCCACCAUCAAAGAUUCACGCCAAGACUCUACACAAGGAGCCACCACCAAAGAUCCACACUCAGACUCUACACAAGGAGCCACCACCAAAGAUCCACACUCAGACUCUACACAAGGAGCCACCACCAAAGAUUCACACUCAGACUUUACACAAGGAGCCACCACCAAAGAUUCACACUCAGACUCUACACAAGGAGCCACCACCAAAGAUUCACACUCAGACUCUACACAAGGAGCCACCACCAAAGAUUCACACUCAGACUCUACACAAGGAGCCACCACCAAAGAUCCACACUCAGACUCUGCACAAGGAGCCACCAUCAAAGAUUCAAACCAAGACUCUGCACAAGGAGCCACUACCAAAGAUUCAGACUCUACAGGAGGAUGCACCACCAAAGAUUCAGACUCUCCGCAAGGAGCCACUACCAAAGGUUCACAUUCAGACUCUAUGCGAGGGGCCACCACCAAAGAUUCAGACUCUCCACGAGGAGCCAUCACCAAAGAUUCAGACUAUCCACGAGGAGCCACCACCAAAGAUUCAGACUCUCCGCGAGGAGCCACCACCAAAGAUUCAGACUAUCCACGAGGAGCCACCACCAAAGAUUCAGACUCUACACGAGGAGCCACCACCAAAGAUUUAGACUCAGACUCUAUGCAAGGAGCCACCACCAAAGAUUUAGACUCAGACUCUAUGCAAGGAGCCACCACCAAAGAUUUAGACUCAGAUUCUAUGCGAGGAGCCACAACCAAAGAUUUAGACUCAGACUCUAUGCGAGGAACCACCACUAAAAAGUCAGACUCUACACGAGGAGCCACCACCAAAGAUUCACGCUUAGAAGAUGUUGGGAUGUGUCUUGCAAAAAUAACGGUGAUCAAGAAGGAUGAUAGUUUAGGAGCCAUUUACCAUAUGAAUGAAGAGGAAUGUGUCAUUGGAAGGUAUAAUUAA